AGCCGUGCAGGCUCGAGGCGCAGGCCGGCGUCGCCAGAGGGCAUGGGCUUAUGAUGAUCCAACCUACUUUAGCGUUGACCACCAGAAAGAAUUCCGAGCACCACGAAAGUACCGAAACUUGAGGGUUUUCACGUGUCGGGCGCUGGAAGGCGAUGCUCGUUCGACGCUGUGUUGACACUCUUCUGAGCGCUCGAAAUUAUUUCUGGGAUGCGAUCCUUAAGUACGUAAGGAGCAACAUAAGCGUGGGCCUCUCGGCUGCUCCUCCCUCCUCCUCCUCGCGUUGCGGAUGCGCGCAUGCUUGUCCCCCCCAAGAUCACCUGCGUGAGUGGUCUAUCUGGUCUGCGAGCCGCUCUGCUCUCGGAGGCUCGGAGAGUAAGCCAGGCCAGCUCGGCGAAGCCGACCAACCAGAGGGCAAACAAGUCCAAGUCGAACAGUAAGUCGAAGACGAUCCAGGAUAGCGCCAGCGACCGCAGUGAAACCGAGUGCUGGGGGUAUGUUGUCGACCUGGACGGACACUGGGCCACCACAUUCUGCUUCUGCACAGCGCAAAGUAUCACCGCGAUUCUCUUCGACACCCUCGAUGUUCAGACGGACGCAGAGAGCUUGUAUCAGGCGGGCAUAUUGGAGGCAGCAUCGGAUGAGACCCACCGUGGACACCCUAGUGGCAAACCUAGCCUUACACGGGAGAUUAAAGAUACGUGUGAACCAGUUGAUUUCAGGAUUCUGUUACUGGCGCCGCUAAGCGAGUUCCGGCGGGUUGCACCUUCACGCGCAAGCGGGCAAGCCUCAGAGGCAUCGAAAGAGUUGUUGAAAACAGACAGAACAACAAGGAAGCCGAUUGAGGACGCUUAUUGUAGCGUGGUGCCGUUCAGGACUUACAUCAAUAAUCAAGACUUGCGGAUUCCCUUUCGCCGCAUUUCGGUCCAGCCUGUCCUCCAAGCGCACAGGGACGACACUUGUUUAGCAAGGUCGAUUGCAGUACUGCUGUGGAUGUGCUGGGAAUUGCGACAGGACCAAGGGAGAUUCCACGCUUUCGUAGGGAAAGCGCAAGAAUUUGAAAUGGAAGCCGCUGCUGAUUAUACGAACCAGGUGCAAUCGCAUGGCAUGGAGCGCAAUUCAAUCGAGCCUUCGUCGCGGCUAAUCGCAUCAGAUGGCGCCCCCGACCGCUUCGACAGGGAGACGUUUUGUAUGGUGCAGUCCGUUCCUGACACGAGAGAGUGGAACAAAAACAUCAGCGGACAGUGCCGAGAACACAUUAAUAUGCCGUCAGAGUUGUGCAAUCGUCUGGACAAGCUCUUGGAUUGUCAAAAUCCGACGGACGCCAGCAACCUUGACCGAUUGGAAAAAGCGCAGCUGCAUUGGAACUGCAUGUCAACCGAGGAGCAGAAGCUAUACAAGUUUGACUUUGGGACGCGCUCUGAUCCUGAAUCGUUAAGAUUGCCUGAGAUUGGUGCAAGGAAGGAUGAUGUACCCGCCGAUCUUUCAGAAGUGUCUUCGCACAGCAAUCUGCUCAAGUUUUUGCUACUCGGCCGGCUUCACGCAGGUGUGCCCAAGCGCACAACAGAGAAGCAUCCAGUUGGCCACCACAUUGACGUCGGCGGCAACAACCGAUCUGAUACCGAUUCACGCCGAGAGGAUCUCGCUUAUGUUCCCUUCUUCGUGCUGCCUUUCCCCAAGCUCUUCGAGCGAUUAAAAGUAAAAGAUUUCAUGUCAGGCCCAGAUUUGAGACAGCCGCAUCCAGAUACAUGCGGUUCCACAGAUGGUUCAAGUCUGAUAGCGUUGCUGCGUGGCCUGGACGUUCCUGAAAGGCACUGGGACGUCAUUGUGUCGGAUUUCGAGUUGGCUGGAACGCCCGAAGGGUCAUAUCAUGAUGCGGAGUUCUGGAACCCAGUGGUCUCUUCUUCCGGAUAUUUCAAAGAGGUUCGCCAUCCAAGGAAGCUUGAUGUAAAAACUAGAAGAGCAAGAAGGUGAGUAGAAUGUGGAAGGAGGGCUCGCGCUGUGUCAUUCGCCAGGGCAGCUUUCCGGUGUGGUGUCUGGCUCGCCGUAUCUCAAAUUACGACGUGGACCACCACCAAGGCGUAGGGGCGAGGGGGUGGAAGGGGAAGACCAGGAGCCUCCACGCUGCCUGUGAUGUGCUGCAAGGUCGGCGACCGCCCCCCGCAGGCAGACCGUACUCGGGGUGGGGGCAUGGUCUGUCCGAAGGACCUGGUGCACGUCAGCAGCUCCUGCUUGAUGCCUUCGUCUGUAUACAGUAUUGUACUCAAUGAGCAUCCAAAUCUAGUCUCCGCAUGUCUGAGUCGCUGGCGUAUGCGUCGGGCUCUGGAGUGCAGCCGCCUGUCAAGCGGCCUGCGACAAGCAGACGUGCCGCUCCUGCUGAGAUGUGCGCCAGCAUUCUCCCCCGUCCCUCUGGACCUAACUCAGCUCUCUUCCCCAUGUGAUUCGAACGGUUCCUCGGUCCUCGCUCUUCUAUCCCCACCUCCUCCACGGCCGCCUGCGCGCAGGACCAGAACCGCCUUCUACUGUCGUCCUCCCAUUGCCGCUUUCGUCGCCUACAGUUUUAAUACAUCUGUUUUUGCCCAGCAGUGGCUCAAUACAUGUUGUCCGACUCUUGCGUAAUGCACAAUAUACGUUACCAGGUUGCUUGUCAAUCUUCCUUGGCAGCAAUAAUGCAGUCUUAAUUGUGCAUCGCGGGCACAUUCGCAGCCGCCGGCUGCGUCUCACUGCCUGUGUGGUGCCAAUUUGUCCUCAUCGAGUGGUCUGAUGAAGUGCAGGCGUGCAGAUUCCCUGCAGCCCCUGCAGAUUCUGACAGUCGCGCGACGCAGGCAAAAAAACACCCACCGCGACAGCUGGUAGGGACAACCUGCUCACACGCAUUGCAGGUGAAGCCCAUGCAGCGCAGCGCAGAGCAAAGCGAAGGAACGCGGCACACUGCCAGCGACGCAGCGCAAGGCCAGGCAAGCCACGCAAAUCAGUGCAGCAGGAGGCGCAGAGGAUGUCCAGCCACGCCCGCGCAGCUCAGAGGGCAGCUCUUCGUCGCCCCUCCCCUGCUCGCACGGAGCCGGAGCCGGAGCGGGCGGCGUCCGGCGCCGGGCAGCGGUGGCCACCUCGGGAUGAGGGGCUGGGGCCGUGCGAGGACUCUGCGGCAUGCAGUCGCCAUUCCGCCACGGUGUGCAGA